AUGACUUCAAAAAACAUUGUCGUUCUCGGCGCCUCCUUCGCGGGUCUCCCCAUGACCCACUACCUCAUCAAGCACCUCCCCGAAGAAUACACCAUCACGCUCGUCUCUCCAUCCACCCAUCUAUACUGGAACAUCGCCGCCCCCCGUGCCAUUGUUGACCCUGAACUCCUCGGCAAGGGCAAGGAUGAUCUUUUCAUCCCCAUCCUCCCCGCAUUUGAAAAAUACCCCAGCGGGCGCUUCACCUUCGUUCAAGGAAAGGCCGUGUCCACAAGCCCAGAAACCAACACAGUCACCGUCCAAACCAUUAACGAGUCUAUGGACGUGAAGCAGGUGAACAUUGAGUACCUGCAUCUCAUCGUUGCUACUGGUUCCUCCACCGCAGGUGGAGACUGGGCCUUCAAAGCCGCCGGCUCGGGAACAGAUGUCGCCACCAGGGCUGCUCUUGGGAGUACAAGAGACAAGAUUGCUGCAGCAAACCGUAUCGUGAUUUCUGGUGCCGGUGCAACGGGUUGUGAGCUCGCGGGAGAAAUUGGGUCAAAAUACCACAAGUCCGGAAAGCAUGUUACCCUUCUCUCUUCCGCGUCCGGACUUCUCCCAGCAGCUCCCCCAAGUGUUGGAAAGGCCGCAGAAGGCCAUCUUACAAAGAUGGGGGUUGAGGUUAGAAACAACGUCAAAGUUACCUCCGAGACCAAGAAGGGCGAUGUCACUGAAUUGGUUCUGUCAACUGGAGAGACCAUCGAGACUGAUCUCCACAUUGCCACAUGGGGUCUCGUGCCUAACACUUCCUUCAUGCCCAAAGACCUUCUUGAUGGGUCCGGCUGGAUUGUUACCGACAAAUACCUCAAGACCCCCACACACUCCAACAUUUGGGCUCUCGGCGAUGUCACCCACUGGGGUAACCGUGGCAUCGGUGCUGUCGCGGAGCAUUAUAAGUCCGUUUCUACUAAUGUCCUAGCGGCAAUUACUGGUAAGGAUGAAUCGUCCUUCAACGAGUAUAAGCACAAAGAUGACCUCGCCUUGAUUGUUCCUCUUGGCCCAUGGUUCGGAAGGGGUACGGGUAUAUUGUUUGGCUGGAAGGUAUGGGGUGUAUUUGCGUGGGCGUUGAAGGGGAGGACGUAUAUGAUUAGCAUGGCUAGGCCGAUCGUGGAGGAGUUCUUCUGCCCUCACAUACCAAACAUCAUGGCAUCCAAAGCUUGCUGCAGCAUCCCCCCUGUCGUCACCUCGGAUUACACCCCUAAGGGAACCUACUCUGAAAUUGGUGGCUUGAAGACAUAUGUGACCGGCGACAAGAAUGCCAAAACCGCUGCUUUGGUAAUCUUUGAUAUCUUCGGGUUCUACCCACAGACCCAGCAGGGUGCCGAUAUUAUUGCGGCUGCCGGAAACCACCUUGUUGUCAUGCCCGACUACUUCUUCGGCUCACCUAUGGAUAUCAAAGUUUUCCCCACAGACACCCCCGAGAAGCAGGCAAAGCUCGGGGCCUUCUUCGGUAAUGAGGCAGAUCUUAGCAAGGCCCAGGCAAACACCCUCAAGUUCGUGCCAGCACUUAAAGAAGAGUACAAAUCGAUAGAGGCUAUGGCCGUCAUCGGGUACUGCUGGGGUGGAAAGGUUACAGCUCUCCUUUCUGGGGAAAACACUCUUUUCAAAACAUCCAUCCAGAUCCACCCGGCAAUGGUCGACCCAGAGAACGCCAAGGCGAUCACCAUUCCCCACAUGAUUCUCGCAUCAAAGGAUGAACCUGCCGAUGCGAUUGCUGCGAGCGCAGAGAACUUGAAAAACAGCUCAAACGAAGCUGUCAAGACCAGAUCUGUUGUCGAUACAUACCCCAAGAUGUUCCACGGAUGGAUGGCGGCCAGAGCCAAUCUGAGUGAUCCCGAGAAUGCCAGCGAGUAUGAGAGAGGAUACAAACAAAUCGUCAACUACCUCCAAGACAACUUGACAACUGCGGCUAAUGAUGUAGGCAAGCCUAAGGCACGGAUUUAA